GGGUGGUCAGCAGCCCUCACAUUACUUGCAUUAUUCAGGUUCAGGCCAGCCCUGGUUCUCAGAGAGAAAACAAAAGUUUGCCCUGAUCAGAGAUGAGGUCACUGAUGGGACAAGGUGAGCGUGCUGUUUUAUGCUUUGUAAUUGAUGAGAGAACUUUACCAUUUUUUUUAAACACUGGUUACCAUGGAGCAGUCAACUGAAAGCAUCCUUAUUUAAAAUGUUUGCUCUUGCAUCCUUCAAAAAACCCCUGAGAAGAGACAUGUCCUUGGAUUAUUACGAGAUUUAUGUUUGUACAAAAACAUCUGACCGGAUUUGGGGAAUUCAGACUGAGAUUCACAGCAGUUGGCUGUGAUCUUUUGCAGCGUUUUACUUUAAAAAGGUGUGGUCUUCUGAUAUCGCCUGCUACAAAACUCCACGGGGGGCAUUUUUUUCCCCCCCUUGUCAGACAGCUACACCCUUCUGUGAUGCAGUUUAGCUCGUAACCCAUCUGCUUGUGGGCAGUGAUGUAAACAUACCAGCUGCCUCUGAAGAACCACUCUGAAUCCUGCAGGAGGCAGGUCUCUUCCCCGAGCAUCGCUCUCCUCUGCAGCAUAAGUCACUGUCUCGCCAACCACGCUGUGCUGUCCCUAAACCCUCACAUCUACCCAUCUGAGAGUCAGAUCGAGUAAUCCUCUUACAGGUCAAUGAUUUUUGCAGUGUAGCUUCGUUUAAGGGAUUUAAGCUCGAUUCAUAAUGUGCUACCAUUGCGUUGGAAUGGAAAGGCUUGCUUAGAAGGGGCUUGGCUGGCACGAAAGCUUCUCGUUGUGUGUCCCACCAGCACAGAGAGACGGUGGGAAGGAGGAAACCUAGCAGCAGUGCCAGCACUGCACUGAAAAUGAAGGCUCUCCUGUUACUGGUCCUACCUUGGCUAAGUCCUGCAAACUACAUAGACAAUGUGGGCAACCUGCACUUCUUGUACUCCGAGCUAUGUAAAGGAGCAUCCCACUAUGGCCUUACCAAGGAACGGAAGAGGCGUUCCCAGGACUGCUCUCCAGACCGUGGCUCCAGCUUGGCAGUAGCUGCCCUGGGCCCUGAGCUCUCAGCAGCCGCGGCCAUCGCCUUAAUGACAGAUGAGCCAGGGCUGGUGAACCCAGCCUUCAGCCCCACCUCAGAGGACAGCCAGCUGGGCAGCAGCCCCGGAGACCUGCACCGCAGCAACCGCAACCGAACUCGACACUUUGAACGUUCCACUAUAAGAAGCAGAUCUUUUAAAAAAAUAAACAAGGCGUUCAGCGUCCUUCGAAGGACAAAAAGUGGAAGUGCUGUUUCCAACCAGACUGACCGGGAAAGGGAGACUGUUGGAAGCUCUGCUGCUGGAGAGGAAGGUUUCCCCAGGCUGUACCACCUGAUUCCAGAUGGGGAGAUUACCUGCAUUAAGAUCAGCCGUACGGAUCCCCAUGAAAGCCUGGCCAUCAGGAUCGUGGGAGGCAGUGAGACCCCUUUGGUUCACAUUAUUAUACAGCAUAUUUAUCAAGAUGGGGUGAUUGCCAGAGACGGAAGAUUGCUGCCUGGAGACAUGAUACUAAAGGUAAAUGGCAUGGACAUCAAAAAUGUGCCUCACAACUAUGCCCUGUCAAUCCUGAAGCAGCCCUGCCACGUGCUGCGACUGACGGUGCUCCGAGAGCAGAGGUACCGAUGCCGAAACAGCGGGCUUUCCCUGGAUGCUCUCUGCAAUAGGGAUGACAGCUUCCACGUAGUGCUAAACAAGAGCAGUCCGGAUGAGCAGCUGGGCAUAAAGCUGGUCCGCAAGGCCGACGAGCCGGGGGUGUUCAUCUUCAACUUGCUGGAAGGCGGCAUGGCUGCCCGCGAUGGGCAGCUGCAGGAGAACGACCGCGUGCUGGCCAUCAACGGGCACGACCACCGCUACGGCAGCCCCGAGAGCGCUGCCCAGCUGAUACAGGCCAGCGAGAAGCAGGUUCACUUCGUGGUGUCGCGGCAGAGCAGGCAGCAGACCCCCGACCUCCUGCAGGAGACGGGCUGGACUUCCAGAGCCGGCAGCGCCCAGCCUUGUCCCGCCGAGAGAAACAACGCCGGCAAGAGCACACUUCACACUGUCACCUGUCAUGAGAAGGUGGUGGCUGUCCGGAAAGAUCACAUGGAAUCUCUGGGAAUGACUGUGGCAGGUGGAGCAUCUAACCGGGAAUGGGAUUUGCCUAUCUAUGUGAUAAGUGUGGAACCUGGAGGAGUGAUCAGCAGAGACAGCAGGAUAAAAACAGGUGACAUCCUCCUGAACGUGAACGGCAUUGAUCUGACAGGAGUCAGCCGGAGUGAGGCCGUCGCUCUGCUGAAGAACACCAACUCCUCAGUGGUGCUCAAAGCCCUGGAGAUGAGAGCAUGUGAAGCCCAGGAGGAGCAGGGUCACCUACCAGCCCCCGAGGACACACAGGCGAGCUCCGAGAGCAGCGAGUGGUCACCGUCCUGGGUUAUGUGGCUGGGGCUGCCACGAUAUUUGUACAGCUGCAAAGAAAUUGUAUUACGAAGAAAUACAUCUGGAAGUCUUGGCUUCAGCAUCGUAGGAGGUUAUGAAGAACAUACUGGGAACAAACCAUUCUUUAUCAAAUCCAUUGUUGGGGGAACACCAGCAUAUAAUGAUGGCAGAAUUAGAUGCGGUGACAUCCUCCUUGCUGUCAAUGGCAGGAACACAUCAGGAAUGAUGCAUGCCUGCUUGGCAAGGAUGCUCAAAGAACUAAAAGGAAAAAUUACUCUCACAAUUGUGUCCUGGCCUGGCACAUUUUUAUAAAACAAGUUGUCAUGGAGAGUGUGACAAGUAUCUUAACAUGGGGAAAACAUUUUUAAAAAAAGGAACACCAGUCUUUGCUUUUUGGGGGAGUAAAGUAUGUAUUUAUAAAGAAAAGGUUUGUGAAAUUUCAACCUGCAUGUCAAGAAAAGUCAAGUUUAGGCAAAGCAGUGACACCCAUCAGAAAAUCACUUCAGAGUGAUCCAAGCUACAGACUUAAGUCCUUCCUUCCCUGUGUUCUUAAGGGUUUUUUGUUGUUUUUUUAUACAUACCUAUAUAUCUAUUUAAUGCAUAAUAAUAAUAAUAAUGAUGAUGAAACUUAAGGAGCAACAGCUUCUGCUCACCCACUUUAUUUUGAUUUACAAAAAGAAAACCUUGAAUAACUUAUGGAAAUAUUUCUUUCAAUUUUUCUAGUUGCAAUAAUCAGGUGAAGGUUUUUAUCCAACACAUUAAUAGCACUUUGAUUAUGUGUACCUUUUCAUGGUCAGCAUGAAGCUGGUAUUUUCCAGACUUUCAAGUACUGUUUGUUAGUCUGUAAAACUGUGAAUGAAAUUUCUAAAAUAAUUAAAAAUAACUGUAACUGUG